AUGGCGACCGACGCGAUCCUUGAGACGAUCAAGCCGCGGCGGAGCGAGGACGAGCAGCUCCCAGUGACCACGCCCGGCGCCGCGGGAACCAAGGCGGGCGGCGGCGGGAUCGGGAUGCGGCGGCGCAUGUCCUCGUUCUCGGUGCACGUGAGGCCGCCGCCGUCGCUGUCGCUGUCGUCGUCGGUGGCGGCGUUCCGGCGCGCGCGGUCGAUGCCCUCCGUGAAGGCGCUGGCGGCGGCGGGCGCGCUGCGGUGGUGGUGGGAGUGGGGGCUCGGCUGGGUGACCGCGCCGUUCGCACCUCGCGGGCUGGAGGUCGACGACGAUGAGGCGCGGCCGCUGGGCGGCAGGUGCCGCUGCGCCGGCGGUGGGUGGCGGCACGUCCUGUUUAGGCUCCGCGCCGGGGCGCGGCGACUGCUGGGGCGCGACGGACGGCCGCUCAAGGCCGCCGAGCCGCAGGACUUCGGGUACGACUCCAUCAGCUACAAGCAGAACUUCGACGACGGCGAGGCGUGA